GGAAGUCGGUUUCAGGAGCAGAGAAACUACAGCUUUUGAUUAUAGCACACACAGUCAACAAAUUCAACUAUUUAAAGAUUUGCUUCCUGGUUUUAAACAUAAAAAUGCCCAGCACUCGCUCACAGAAUCAGCCAACUCUACAGUUCCCUAGAAGGAAGUCUUCCAGAUUGGGGUCUCGGCCUAAAAGCUCCUGCGAAAAUAAAGUGGACGAUAAGACCACCCCUUUGUCCCCUAGAAAGGCAAUUGUGGGAAAUUCACUCGGUGUUUGUCAAUCUCCCAGGAACAAGGUGUUAAACUCCCCUUUGUCUGAAAGGCUGCCUCUGAGCCCCCGCAAACGCACAGGUGAUGAGAAUGGCUGUAACCUGCCAGCCUCCAUGCUUGGCUCUCCCCCUAAGCAGCGCUGCGCUCCUCUGUGCUCCCCUCGCAAGCUGUCCUUCAACGAGAACACACCAGUCCUCUCCUCACCUCCCCGUCCUAUCCUGUCCUCGCACAAAGUUCCUCUGUCUCCCAUUUCUCGUCCAUCGCCAACACGACUGAACGAGACAUCAUGCACCAACAUAAUCCCCCGUACAGAGGGAAGGAGCCCUGUUACGCGACUGUUUCCUAUAAAGAAAUCCGGUUUUCAGAGUGUAAAGCAGGCUCUUCACACUGCAGUACCUGAACGUCUCCUCUCUCGUGAGGCAGAGAGAGCUGCCAUUGUCUCCUUCCUGCAAAAUCACGUAGUGGCAGAAAAACCCUCCAGCCUUUACAUCUCUGGUGCUCCUGGCACAGGCAAGACGGCUUGUCUGAACUGUGUGCUCCAAGAACAAAAGGCUCUGUUAAAAGGCAUCCAGACUGUGGUCAUCAACUGUAUGAAUUUGCGGAGCUCUCAUGCCAUCUUUCCAUUGCUGGGAGAGCAACUGGAGGUUCCCAAAGGCAACAGUCAGGCACGAUUGGAGAAGUAUUUGACCAGCUCUGGACCCACUGUCUUGUUGGUUCUUGAUGAGAUGGACCAGUUGGACAGCAAGUCUCAAGAAGUUCUCUACACCAUUUUUGAGUGGCCUUACUUGCCCAAAUCUCGUGUUUGUCUCAUCGGUAUUGCUAAUGCACUGGACUUGACUGAUCGUAUCCUGCCAAGACUGCAGGCGAAACCACACUGUCGUCCCAAACUGCUCAACUUUCCUCCCUACAGUCAUGAAGAGCUCAAUGCUAUUGUACAGGACAGACUCACACAGGUAUCAGGUGAAGGGGUUUUGGAUGCAGCGGCAGUUCAGUUUUGUGCAAGGAAAGUCUCCGCUGUGUCAGGAGAUGCUCGCAAAGCACUGGACAUCUGCAGGAGGGCUGUGGAGAUUGUGGAAGCAGGCGACAGGUCUAAAAUGGCAUCCGAACCUACAGCCAGCUCUAAAGUGUCGAGAGUGAGUGUUCCUCAAGUGGCUCGGGUUUUGUCAGAGGUUUAUGGUGACCGUAUGGCAUCCAGUAGUGGAGAUGGCGAGAGCUUUCCUUUACAGCAGAAACUUCUGGUCUGCUGCCUGCUUUUGAUCAUCCGCAACGGCAAAAGUAAAGAGACCCAGUUGGGCAAGCUGUGUGAAGUGUACAGUAAGCUGUGUAAGCAGAGGCAGGUUGGUGGAGUCGGCCAGACGGAGUGUCUCUCUCUCUGCAGCCUGUUGGAGAGCAGGGGAAUCCUCACUCUCAAAAAGGCCAAGGACGCUCGACUGACUAAAAUCUCCUUGAAGAUUGAAGAGCGAGAUGUGGAGCAUGCUUUAAAGGAUCGAACUCUCCUUGGAAGCAUAUUAGCGGCUGGUUUGCCGUAAUCCACAUAAGAUUUUAACCUUUUUUUUUUUAAUGAUUUUAUGUUUUCUUCAUUCCUCUAAAUGUUUUAUUUCUUGACUGUGAAGGUCUCGUUUUAAAAUGAGAUAUUUUAUUGCAGAGAGGGAUGAUCUGAUCCAAAAGGGUUAACGUCACUUUAUUAUGUUUGUGUCAAACAUUUUUACCUGCCUUUCUAAAUGUAGGGCCGUUUUAUGUUUUCUUUCAGGUUUCUAAAUGUUUAUGAAUCCAUAUUUCAUGUUUAACAGUUGACAUUGGCUGCUAUUACAUUUUGUACAUCAGUUUUGUAAUGUUUUUGAAUGGGUGUACUCUUUUAAUAAAGCAGAAUGUACAUGA